CUCCCUCUUUCACAGAACCUCUAGGCUCCAACAAAGUGUUGGGAGAGUCAGCAGCUGCCAAGAGCUGUAAAGCCUGAGCUGGCAGCAGCUCCCAGUACAGAGCUGGAAAACUGUGGGGAAGCUGAACGGGGAACAGGACCGUCUCCGAUGGUCAACAGGACACCGAAGAUUUAGACAGGGGCAUCCAGCUAAUUCGAUUGGUCAAGAAGGAAGUCAAGCCAUGCUCACACCAGUUGUCUAUUGGUUGGAGAAGAGGCCAUUGCUGCCUGGUCUGCAGAUCCUGAUGUUCCUCCUCCUCCUCAUUUGUUCGGUUCAGACCCUCCAUCCCGACGAGGCUGAAGGGUCCAUCUUUGGCUUGGGAUUCCCAGAGCCCGGGCGAACCAAUUGCAAGCCCAUCCCCCGCAGCAUGGUGCUGUGCCAUGGGGUAGGCUACAGCGAGAUGAGGCUGCCCAACCUCCUUGGUCAUGGGACCAUGAAGGAGGUCUUGCAGCAAGCUGGCUCCUGGGUUCCUCUGCUCAACAAGCAAUGCCACUCUGACACCAGGAGGUUCCUCUGCUCCCUCUUUGCUCCUGUCUGCCUUAAUGAGCUGCAAGACUCCAUCCAGCCUUGCCAAUCCCUGUGCCAGGCAGUCAGGGAUAGCUGCACCCCGGUGAUGUCUGCUUUCGGCUUCCCUUGGCCUGACAUGUUGGAUUGUAACCGCUUCCCAGUUGACAAUGACCUUUGCAUCCCCUCUGCUACUUCCGAGGAGGACAGACGCCUGCAUGAAGAACCCAAAAUCUGUGAUGCUUGUAAACCUGAGGAAGAAGCUGAGAGAAGCAUUCUCGCACAAUUGUGCAACAAUGAUUUCGUGCUGAAGGUCAAAGUGAAGGAGAUCUCGUACCUGGACAAUGAUGCCACAAUUAUUCCAGAAGGUCGGAGCAGGGUGCUGUAUGGGCUGGAGGGUUGGACUGAGAGCGGAGAUGGGAGGAUGCAGCUGUGGCUACCCGGAGGCUCUGGAUGUACUUGCGAUGAGCUGAGGGACCUGAGCGCCUCCUACCUGCUGACAGGGAGAAAACAGGCCCAGGGGCGGCUGCUUGUCACCUCUGUCAGACAGUGGAGAGGAAGCAAGAGGGAGCUCCGAAGAAUGACCAGGAGCUUCAAGAAAGCUCGCUGUCAAUCAUCGGACAUUACAGGGCAGCUCAAUAAAUAAUGUCCCCCAAACCAAUCCCCCACCAUGGAGAGUACAAACCCCACCCUCCCCCGUACCCAUGUGCUAGUCUAUCCACUGUCUGACAUCUCCGUGGUGUGGUACAUGCUCAUGGUUCUAACUACCAUCACUGUCCCUUCAAUUCUCACCUCAAACUACCAUCAAGUAUUUGUUCACAGUCCAUUUUAUGUUCUACAGGACCUUGCUGUGUGCAAUUUAGCUGCUACCUGUUCUUCUUCACAGUUAGCAAAAGGCCCAAUAGAAAUACAAGAUUUUGUUGAAGAGGGUGUUCCACCUGUUAGUCAUGAGAGAGUCAGGCUGAGAGGUUAAAUGCAAAGCAGAUUGUCUAUAUUUCUGAGGACAAUUGAAAGAAAAAUCCCUGCCCAGAGACCAGAGAAGAUCUGUCUCCCUCAAAACAGCACCUUGCGAUUUGUACAUCCACCUGUUAGGGAAGGUGAGGCUUGUGUAAUACGUCAUCUGAAAGAUGACCCUCUGACAGUGCAGCACUCCCUCAGCACUGACCGUCCGACAGUGCGGUGCUGCCUCAGCACUGACCGUCCGACAGUGCGGUGCUCCCUC